AUGACACCAGAGUAUCUUCUUCGUUUUUUGAAAUCUGAUCUGAUUGUUAUUCCAGAAGACAUUCUUUUCAAUGCUCUUAUGAAAUGGGUCGACCACAACAGGGAUGAACGUAGCAAGUACAUUGAGGAGUUUUUAAGCUUAAUUCGCUUCCCAUUAAUGGACCCUCGCACACUCACUGAAAUGGAAUAUCACCCAUUGUUGGUAGACAAACAGAAAACACUCCAACCAACAAUUUUUGAGGCUAUGAAAUUUCAACUGCAUGCUGAAUCAAUUCCUGAAGAAAGAAGGAAACAUUUCUCCUUUUUGGAAAGAGAGCUGCCAUACGAAGAAGAAGCAACACCCAAAUUUUACAAGAAAGUGUUCACACUCACCUCUCUUGGAUGUACAGGAUCAACCAUACCUACAACGUUCGAAGGACACUAUCCUAAGGAGCUUUGUAAAGUGUUAACAUUGAAGAAUGGUUUUCAGAAUUGGAAGGUUCAUUCGUCAGGCAAAUAUAAGAUUGUAGCUGUUGGUGCAAGUGGUGGAGAAAACUCGUACAGUACCACAACCAAAGGCGGUAAAGGAGCCAUGGUUUCAGGAGUGUUUAAAUUAAAGAAGGGUCAGAAUAUUAGCAUUAUCGUUGGCCAAAAGGGUGAAGAUGCUAAAGGUGGUACAGGAGGAGGUGCAGCAGGAGGUGGCGGAGGUACAUUUGUUGUAGAUGCUGACCUUCAACAACCACUAAUUAUUGCUGCAGGUGGUAAUGGGGCAAACUGGUAUAGUUUCACUGUUAAUGGACCUGACGGCCAACUUCCAAAUCCAACGGUUACUGAAGGUCUCAAAAAUACGCCAUCAACUGCAAACAGAGGUGGUGGAGGUGGUAGCUUCUUUGUCAAUGGAUCUGAUGGAUCCUCUUGCACAGGAGGAAAAUCAUACUUUGAGGGAUUAUUGGCUGGCAAAACAACUGGCGGUUCAUAUGGUGGUGAUGGUGGCUUCGGUGGUGGAGCAGGUGCUGAGCAUGAAGGUGGAGGUGGAGGAGGUUAUAUAGGAGGAAAAUCUCUACAUUCUAAUGAAUAUGGAGUUGCAAGACCCGACUAUGGGGCCUAUUCAUUCAAUUCUGGUGACAAACAAGAAGGACAAGCAGGUUACAACACAGGCAAUGGAUCUGUGACCAUCAGUAGAGUCUUCUAUUAA